AUGGUACCCGCAGGUUCGGAUGAAGGUCGUGGCAACGCCGCAACGAAAAGGAUCGGCUUCAUCCUCGUCUCCACCUAUGCAUGGACUAUCGUAACAGCGGGCGUGCUGGUCGCGCGGUUCUGGCAGGGUCAUUACCAUAAAGUCGAAGUCGGUCUUGACGAUGUAGCAAUCAUUGCGGCAACUGUUGUGUAUCUAGGCGCGACUGUUAGUUGGCAACAUGCCAUUCGUGGUGGUCUGGGAAAGGACUUGAACGCUCUCAGUGGUGAGGAUAUUACACUCUUCUUCAAGGCGAUGUACAUUGCUGGGAUACUUGUGGUCUUUGCGAUGGCGCUUGCAAAGCUAUCUUCUGCUUUACUCAUCGACCGUGUAGUCCCACAAACUCGAAGAGCGAAAACGAUCCUAUUCGGCAUGAUUGCAAUAUAUGCGAUAUUCUCACCCUUUGCUAUAUCUUUCCAGUGCGGAAUCGCGCAAUGGACUACGUAUUCGCUGCGAUGUAACCAUGGUGGCCUUGCGAUCGCAGUCAUAGUAUGCAACAUUACUACCGACCUUUUCUUGGUUUUUUGGAUGGUUCCGGUCCUUUGGAAGCUAUCGUUAAACAAAGAAAAAAGCCUGGCAACAGCGACGCUCUUCGGUGUUCGAGCAAUUGUAGCAUUCGUUGCUGGAGGUCAGAUAUGGGCCACAUUGAGGUUGGCUUCUAGUCAAAACUCCACCCGUGAUGCAGCUGAAUUAGCCGUGCUCACUCAGUAA